AUGGUGCUGGGGGCGGCCCUGAUGUCUGCUGGAACUCCUUGCGCGGCUCCACUGGUUAACCUCGCUAUCUCUGCUUCGGGCCGUGGGCAGCUAAACCCUCUGAGUGGAUUCACGGGGGGAGCGGCCGCAGUGAACUCCUCUGCCUUCUCGCUGCCAUCCCAGACGUGCUAUAACAGAUCGGCUGCUCCUCGGAAGGGGAGAGUUCACUGGGUUCGUCUGCUCCCCCGGGCAUCAGGUUUGAUUCAUCCCCACUGGAGAUUAAUCGUUUCUGUCGAUGUGCUUCCUCUCGCCCCACCCCUCCUCACCAAACUGUGAUCUAACAGUCGCCAUGUUCUUCCCUAUCUGCUCCUGUCCACCCUUCCCCAAGAAUCCACACCCUCCCCCCCAGAACAAGCCCCGUUCCCAUGCUCAUCGCUUCAAUACCUUCAGUCGUCCUCCCCCAACGUUAGCCCUAGUAUGCGAUCAUUGGCGUCCGUUUAUAGUGAGGAAGAGAUCAUCCAAUUUGAUGCCAAUGCGGGCACCUUAGUCCCGGAGGCAACUUUGCACCCAAACACUGAACCGCGGGAUGCAAUUGACCGGUCUGUUCUUGAUCAUCGUGUAGUUAAGAGCACAGACUUCAUCGUGGAACCGGCGACGGAUGUGAAGUUUCAGAAGGAUCUCCAGGUCCCGGGCUGCUCUUCUCCAUUAUCCUUGCUCGGAGCAGGUUUGGCGGCGCUUCUUUCUCAGCUUACAUCUUCAACCAAGUUCUAACUCGUGACGGCCGAUUGUAGCCAUGGCGGCGCCAUGAAACUAUAAGUAAAUUGACUAGUUCAAAUUUUGUGCAUCCUGGCCGCGUAGUGCGUUGAAAAUAUUCGUGUGUAGUAGAGGCCAUUUGCCGCAGGGGUUUGAAAAUUAUGGGCUCUCAAGGAGAGUCGAAAAAUUAAUAUUUUCUGACGAAAAUGGUCAUCUGCGGACUAAUCACCAGAAGGCUUCAUCUGGGCUCCUGCAGGCUACAGAGAGAAGGUCUUUGCAAUCAUCGGUGUGAAGGUUUAUGCUGCAGGGUUCUACGCCGAUGCCUCCAUUGCAGACAUGCUACAGAGCUGGAAAGGGCGGCCUGCCACAGAGAUCAUAGAGAGCUCCUCUCUAUUCGAGUCUCUAUUCGAAGGUGUGAAUUCUUCUCAUCCGGGGUACACUCAGCAUUCUGUACUAUGAACUAUUGCUAAACCAUCUCUGUUUGAUAGAACGUUUCAAGGUGUGAACUUUUGCAUUAUUUUCUUCUUCCCGUUUGAGAUUCUUGACCUUCUGCCUUAUGAAUUAUCCUAACCCUUAGACCCUAAAUGCAUCUAUAUGAACGCCAGGAUCCAACGGUGUGAUUUGCCCCCACACCUUCUUUUUUUGUUCCCAUCUGGGAAUAACGGUCGGUGUUUUGAGUUGCGGAUUAUCUUGAUCCAUCUCUAUAUUCCAAGUUAUGAAUUGUUAUUAACUGUUUUCUUCCCAUUAGGGCUGUUGCCAUCUCGAGCUAUGAAUGAAUCAUCACCAUUUAGCCCUAAACCAUAUACUUAUCCCUAUUGAAUAUUGAAUGCCACUUUGCAAGAUGUGAACCCUUCUGGAUCUUUUCCAUUCUCAUGUGGGGACAACCGGCAGCAGUCUGAUGGGUGAAUUAUCUCCAUUUAAGCCGAAACCCUAAAAUUCUUACCCAUAACUCUUUUCCAAAUUGUGAACCAAAUUAUGCCCAAUUUGACCAUAAGCCCACCCUAAUCUCCUCUCUAUCUCCCAUUAUUCUCCAAUCUUAGACCACCUUCUUGAUAAACAAAAAAGGAGGAAAGUUUUUCUUCUCAUUUUGAAGACAAUUGGUGUUCUGAUGGCACGUUGCGCAUCUUGAUGCUGCAGAUUACAGAGAGAAGUGCCUUCAGAUUGUUCUAGUCAGAGAUGUUGAUGGCCAGACCUUCUGGAAUGCCUUGAAUGACGUCAUCUCCCCCAGGAUAAAGGAGCCAUCUGUUGCUGACAAGGAAGCUCUGGAGACCUUCCGUGGGACCUUCCAUGGCCGCCCCUUGAACAAGGGAACAAUCAUCCUCUUGACGUGGGCAGAGCCCUCCAAGAUGCUGGUAGUUAAAACUAAUUGAUUAUGCUGUUCAGGAAUUAUCUGGAUUGAUUGAUCUUUUAGUGGGUUUUCUUCAGGUCUCCAUAUCCUCCAUGGGCUUCCCUUCUUCAGUGGACGCCACCAUUGAGUCUCAUAGCGUCGCCUCCACCCUCUUCGAUGGGUUCUUUGGCCCUUCUCCUGUCUCUCCCUCCUUGAAGGCCUCAAUUGCCAAUGGGAUCAUGAUUCUCCUUGAUCAAUGA